AUGAAAUACCUUCAUAAUCAUCAAGAAAAAUAUCAUAAUGAUUCAAAAAAAAAAACUAACUUAGAAUACGAAAAUAAACAGUAUGAUUUUUAUAAAAACUAUCAACACGAAGAAUAUAAAAAAUCAAAAUCACCUACGAAUUAUAACAAAUGUAAUAUUUUUCACAAAAAUUCAUCAUCAGAAUUAAAUAGUGAAAUUAAGCUCGACCAUUCAUAUCCUCAAAAACGAUUACAACCUUCAAAAGAUCAAUCAGAACCCGAGAAACCAAAUUUUAAGCUUUCAGGGAAACUAGCAGCAGAAAGUAAUAAUAUUAAUGAAGUACCAUUAAAAUAUCAUGAACCAAUAGAAGCGCAUAAACCUGAUAAAUUAUGGCAACUUUAUGUAUUUAAAAACGAUGAGCAAAUUGGUACAUUUUCAUACCAUUUUUAUAACAGCAUUAAUAUAACAGACAUUUUUAAUAUAUAUCAGAAAAGUUGUUAUUUAUUAGGAAGAGAUCGAAUAGUUGCAGAUAUUCCAAUAGAUCAUCCAUCAUGUUCAAAACAACAUGCAGUUAUACAAUUUCGUCAAAUCAGAUCUAAAAAUACUAUUUUGAUCGAAGAAAUAAAACCAUAUAUUAUUGAUCUUAACUCAACUAAUGGAACCUUUCUUAAUAAUGAGCGUAUUAUUCAUAGUCACUAUAUCGAACUUAAACCAAAAGAUAUGAUUAAGUUUGCAGAUUCAACUCGAGAAUAUAUUUUACUUCACGAAGAUAUUUAA